GGCCGCGCCCGUGCCACUCUCAACGCGCAUCGCGGCCGGCAUCCUCGCCAUCUGCCGGUCGGUACGGUACGUUACAACUCCACGCGACGCGCAAGCGGGGGGGCGACAAAAACACGCGCCCGCACAAGUCGUCCUCUUCCUCCGCACGCCGACACGGCGCAAAUCCCCCCACCCCAAGCCCACAAGCCCCGAGCGACGCCACACGCCGGCUCGUGCGGCUGCUCGCCCCGCGCCCGCCUCGGAUUCACCGCCGCGCUCCGCGUCGCCGCGAGAUCCCGUCCUCGCAAUGGAGGCUCAUCUCCCUCCAAUCAGAGGCUCACCAACACCAAACGCCUGCGGUUCUCUACUAUUAGAAGUUACUCUACUGAUGCGAACAGUAAAAGUUAGCAACCUUUCGUUAAAUGCUGUGAAAAGAGAGAUAACAGAGUUCUUUAGUUUCUCCGGGGAUAUAGAAUAUGUUGAAAUGCAAAGUGAAUCCGAAUGGUCACAGCUUGCUUAUGUCACAUUUAAAGACUCACAGGGAGCAGACACUGCUGUUCUUCUCUCGGGGGCAACAAUUGUUGAUCGUGCUGUCAUCAUAACUCCAGCUGAGAACUAUCAGCUGCCUCCUGAAGCGCACAAACAAUUAUCGGGAGCAAGCCCCACUACUGAAUCUACAGUCAGGAAGGCAGAAGAUGUUGUCAGCAGCAUGUUGGCCAAGGGCUUUGUCCUCAGCAAGGAUGCUCUCAACUUAGCAAAAUCCUUUGACGAGCGUCACAAUAUCCUGUCCAAUGCUACUGCUACGGUCGCAUCUAUAGACCGCCAGUAUGGCCUGAGUGAAAAGAUCAAUCUGGGCCGAGCCAUUGUUGGCAGCAAGGUCAAGGAGGUGGAUGAACGGUACCAGGUCUCAGAACUCACUAAAUCUGCUUUGGCUGCUGCUGAGCAGAAAGCCAGCAUUGCAGGCUCUGCCAUCUUGAGUAACCAAUAUGUCUCAGCUGGUGCCUCCUGGUUAACCAGCGCAUUUGGUAUGGUAACUAAGGCGGCAGGUGACAUGACCUCGAUGGCGAAAGACAAGGUAGAGAGGGCUGAGGAGGAGAGGAAAGCCAUCAUGUGGGAGGAGAGGAACGGGCUGGUGAGCGAGUAUGCAAAGAUGCACCUUGAUGAGCCCUCGUCAUGGGAACCUGCAGUUCUUCCUUUGGAAUCAGUGGAUGAGCAGAAGCUCCAGGCUGUGUGAUCGCUUCUCACACGUAAUUCUUUUGCUGCUUGUCCUAUAUAUAGAUGAUUCUUUUUCGUGGAUGCACUAGAUCAAAACAGAGGGUCUUAAUCACUAUAGUGUCAUGUAAAUUUCAGAGCGUUGUCAUUGUUUUCUUACCAGCUUUGUUAUACUAGACCACUGAAUGUGAAUGGUCUACUUGUUUCUGCUACUACAUACUGUAAUACAGCUUGCUCCGUUAGAUACAGCUUCUAAUGCUGAGUUGAAACGUGGUUACUAAAUUUACUGCUCCA